AUGCCUGGGGGUCGCCGAGCCCUCCAAACCCCACCUGCCACCAUCUUUCUCCUCUUGAUCUCCGCAGCUGCCCUGGGCCCUUGUUGCCAGGCCCUGUGGGUGGACUGGGGCCCGCCAUCGGUGACGGUGAGUGUGGGGGACAAGGUCAGCCUCCCAUGCAGACACAACAGCAACAGCACUAACAUCACCUGGUGGCGCGUCCCUCAAGGCAACUCCACGUGGCCCCCGGUCAUGGAUCUCUCAGAACUGGGCCCCAAGGGCGAGCUGAUCAUCCAGCAAGUGAACAAGAGCCACAGGGGCAUGUACAGGUGCGAAGUCAACGAGGGCCAGAGGAUUCAGCGCUCCUGUGGGACCUACCUCCGCGUGCGAGACCCCCUCCCCAGGCCCUUCCUGGACAUGGGGGAGGGGACCAAGAACAACAUCAUCACAGCUGAGGGGAUCAUCCUGCUGAUCUGUGCCGUGGUGCCUGGGACGCUGCUGCUGUUCAGGAAACGAUGGCAGAAUGUGAAAUUCGGGGCGGAUGUCCAGGAUGAUUAUGAUGAUGAAAAUCUUUACGAGGGCCUGAACCUUGAUGACUGCUCCAUGUAUGAGGAUAUCUCCCGGGGCCUCCAGGGCACCUACCAGGACGUGGGCAGCCUCCACAUCGGAGACGUCCAGCUAGAGAAGCCGUGA